AUCGCCAUUGUAACUCAUAAGAGAGAACUAAAGUCGUUUUCAAGAAAAAUGCACAAAAAAUUAAGAGUGCUGAGAAAUUUGCCAAAAUAUGAAUGUAAUAUGAAAUAUUGAACAUAUAAACGUACAAGUUAACUUAAAUUUUACUUUCAUUUUAGAAAAAAUAUGGCGGCUGCAACAGGGCGAGUUGAUGAACUCGUAAAAGAUUAUUUAUUAUACAGAGGUUGUACAGCCUCUUUAAGAAACUUUGAAUAUGAACUCAAGAUUGACAAAGAUAAGGGUUUGCGUGCUGACAAGAUUUUAGAGCAGUUUCAGCAGUAUGUCGGAAGUCACAGCUUAUCUAACCUGAGAGACUUCUGGACCCACUUGAAUGGUCGCCUCUUCUGUCGAUUGGAGCAACGUUACAUCCCAAGUGUUAAAAAGCUUGAAGUUGGACUAUUAAAGCUUUAUGUUGUUAAUGCAUGUCAGAGUAACAGGCAAGAUAAAGUUACCGAGUUUUUCGACAAAAUGGCAGGCGAUUUGCAACAGCAGCCGGAAUUUAGGGAAUGGUUCUGUUUCCCUUUCAUUAAAAAUCCUGAAGAGAACAGCCACUUUGCGAUGUACUUCACAAAGACGUGGCAAGAAAUGUUUUACUUAUCACUCUUUAAUUUUCUGAGUGUCAUUAUCAACGUUAUGCCCGCACCAGUUCUUCUGAACUUUGAUAUUGAACACAAAAGAAUGAAAAAUUUACAGGAAGAAAAUGAGAUGCUGAAAACCCAGUUACUCUCUGCAGACAGUACACUAGCACUGAAAUCAAGCUGUACAAUGGAAAGAAAGUAUGUUGGAAGGGGUGCAAAUUCUGCAGAAUUGUGUUAUGAUUUUAGUGACUUGGGAGAUGAGAGUUUAGAGAUUCAGAAGCAGCAGAAACCUAGUCGAAAGAUUCCGUUUUCAAAUUCGCCGUUAUUCAACCGCAAACCAAACUUUUUAACAUCCAACAAAAGUCCAAUUAAGUCCCAGAGUAAGGCAAAGACAGGAAAAUCUCAAGCAAUGAACAUAAAAAAAGAAAAUGGUAGCACAGGUUUACCUUCCAACCAAGGCCAUCCAGAAUAUACAAGUAGAUCACUUAGUUCAGGAGCAGCAGCUCAGAAAGUAGGGCACCCUGAAGCUACCUCAAGGUCUUUAAGUCAUCAAAAUAAGCCCAUCCAACCUAAUACUCCAAGUGAAGCCUCAAGAAACAAAGCAGUAACCUCCCAAGGAAAAGCAAGUAGUCUACCAAAAGUUGAAGAGUUCACUGCUUCCUCCACUAGUAUUGCACCUGUACCAAAAUUAGAAAAUCUUGAUCAAAAUCUUAUAGGGGUACAAAAAAGUCCAGAUAAUACUUCAAAAGAAGUAAUUGCUAGUAGAAGGACAACAAAAGAGUUAUCUUAUGAUGCUCAGGAGGAUUUGACACCUGUUAAUGAGAAUAGAUGUUUAUCGGAGGCCUCCAAACCUAAAAGUAUCAUUGACAAGUCAGACUAUAUAGCAGAUGACCAGGGCCCAUUCCUUCUCCUUAGUCAAGAAGAUUAUAAAGAACACAGAUCUGCCAUUUCUUAUGCUAGAUUUAGUGUGAUGGGGCAAUAUGUAGCAAGCGUUGACGUAGAUGGAAUUGUCAAAAUAUGGUCAUGGAGUCCCCAACCAGUAACUUGCGCAACAGUCAUGUCAAAGUCAGCUUUUCUUUCACUGGAGUGGGCAAGCAAACAAGACCGAUGGUUGCUACUGGGUAAUCGGUCAGGAAAUAUACGUCUGUUUGAUGUCAAAGAGAUGAAAUCAUUUUAUGAGGCAACUUCAGAUUCAAGCUACCCUCGAAUUGUAAGCCUGAGCUCUAACCAAUCAAAUGGCACGUUUGUCUGUUCUGCUACAGUUAACAGAGCACGCAGUGCAUCUGGAAGUGAUCUACAAACAUCAACCAAUGCACGUGUUGGAAAACUGUCACUAUGGGAUCUACGAUCUAUGAAUCAGUUGAAGCACCUUGAAGUCCAACCAGGACCUGUAACCAUAAACUGUUGUUCCUUCAACCAUAACGGACAUCUCCUGUUGACGGGAGGGGUUGACGGAACCAUCCGGCUUUUUGACAUGCAGCAACACAAGGUGAUUUCUCAAUGGGAAGCCCAUUCUGGAGAAGUCCAAACUCUACAGUUCAGUUCUGACGAGACUAACUGUUACAGCAUUGGCACAGACGGGAAGCUCAUUCAAUGGAGUCUCCACAAACAAGGGGUCAUGACAGAUCUUUCCAUACACAAUGGGGCCUCCCUGCCCUUCCUCCCUGGAUUGCAAGGAGGGCUCAAAGAAAUACCAAGGGGGCAAGUGUUCACCAUGGAAGCUGAUGGAGAUUACAUGUUGACAUGCGAUAAGACCCGGGGAUGUAUGUACAAGGUCAAGGACAAUUCCUUGUCACAUGUCAUGAAUAUUCAGGGCCAUGCAUCGUUUCUUACCACAGUUGACUGGUCACCAAAUAUAGACACAAAAGUUUGCAUGACUGGGGCCACUGAUGGAACCAUCAAGAUCUCAACUCUUCUGUCCACACAGAUAUGAUGUAUCAAAACAAUACAUCAGUUUAUACAAUAUUUGGAGUUAUUAUUUUGUCAUUGAUUGAGAUGUAGGUUUAAGAUAACUGGUAAAAUUUCAUUGUGGACAUCAUCAUAGAUCUAGACUUGUACAUUCAAGACUCAUUUUGAUGUAUACAUUUUCAAAUAUUCAGAUAGAUAUAUGAAGUAGUAUGUCACUUUAAAUUAUUUUUUUAUGUUUCUGAAAGUAUUUUAAAAUUUACAUAGAUAAGUAAUAUUCCUGGUAACCAGUACAAUAUGUUCAUUAAUUUAGUUGUUAUAGUGGUAUUCAGCAGUAGUUUGGUUACAGAUAAGCUCAAUUUAGAAAAUAAUCUCCAAAUGCGUUGAAUAUGGAUCAGGUUGAAAAUGUGGCAAAUUUUAUGUUUUUUGAAUAUUAAGUAUUAUAAAACUGUGCAAUAGCAUUUGCUUCAUCUGUCUGUUUUUCUGCCUGUCUCUUUUUACACACUUUAUUUCCAUGAUUUCAAUUUGAUUCGAGAUUUGAAGUAAUGAGAUGAAUGAAAAAUGACAGCAUUUGAUGUAUUAAUAUACAUGUAUGUUAAUGUAUGUAAGUGAUAAACAACUUUGAUGUUUUGGACCUUUGGUGGUUGUUGGCUGAAAGACUCGGACAUUUUGAUGAACCAAUUGAUUUCAAAAAUUGUGCAUUUUGUGUUUUUUUAUUAAUAUCAAGAAACUGUGUUGUUAUGAGGGACAAGGAAAAUCCGGGAUUAAUUCCAUGAUAAUUUAUUUUAUUUAAAAUAUGUUGGUUAUUUAGAUUUGUUCUGGUAUUUUUUUUUUUUAAAGACAUCGUUUUCACAAUUUUCACCAUACACCAAAAAUUGUCUAAUACAAUGUACUGUGGGAACUGCGCAAUAUUAGUUUUUUUUAAAGUAUAUUUUAACUUAAUUUUCCAAAUUAUUUAUGAAGAGAUAAUUAUCAUUUCAGAUACCUUUACAAUGCAUAUUUUUUUUGCAUCAGACUUACCAGGUUUAAUUGUAGACUAUCUGCCAUGAUAAGUUUAUCAUUCCUAAAAUAUUUUAUGUUUAUUCAGAUUAUUUAUUUGUUACAGUAAUUAUUAAUUAAGUUAUUUCGAAUAAAUUAAAAAAUUAUCAAAUCU